AAUCGCGUGGAAGACAAAGCGACAAACGAAACAAUAGAGGAAGCUUGGAAUUUGUAGCGUUGAGCGAAAUUACCUAGCACAAUAGAUAACGAUUAAUAUUCUGCAAACAUAGAGCAAAGUGGAAUUACAUCUCACCGAUUUUUCGGACCGCUCGUUCAUGUGUCAUCGCGCCUGACAACGCGCUGGUGUUUUUGUUGGAAAAAUCGAAAAACGACACAAACUUCGCUCGCUCACGCACACUGCUGCGUGCCUAUUUUUUUGCACAAGCGCUCCCGGCCGUGUCAUUCUCGACGGAUUCGUCAGCUUUCAAGUGGCCAGAAUAGAACCAUUUUCCCUCUCGAAAGAACUUCAACUUCCCCCCGAUCCGGCGAGCACACGAGUUCAAGAGCGUGCCAUCGUCAAGUGGAAAACGCGGUUACCACAUCCUUGGAGGCCUGGUGGUACCGGGAGGUUGCGUGCGCGACGACUGUGAGCGAGUGUGUGUUUUGCCAAGGGAGGGCUUGUGUCAUCAUUCAUCCUCCCGGAGUGAGGUGGUUCGGAAAUUGUUCGCACGGAUAUCGAUCGCGUGAUAGCGAACAGGGCUUUCGGCACGGAACCGCACUGUUAGAGGAAGGACAGGUUGAACGAGAAAGCGAGAGCGAAGAGCGCAACAACACAACAGUGGCAGGCAGCUUGUGGGGCGGUGUGCUAAAACCGUUCAUUAACGUAACCGAUAGUAAACCCGAAACCCGACGGUCCACUGUAGAAAAUCGUGUAGCCAAACCAGGGCAUAGAAUCCGGCAGAGAUGAGUGAAGAAAAUGUUAAAGCUACGGUCGCGCAAACGGCAGCACCAGCUGUUUCGGCCGGGAGUGGCGAGGCGACGACAGCAAGCAAAAACAGCAAAAAGAAACACCAAAAAGGCUCGGCAAAGCAGGAGGAAAGCAAAUCAGUGCCUGUGACGAACGGCGAGCUGACCGGUGAUGGAGGUGGUGAUGGUGCAAGUGCGACGGAGGAACGGGGACCAGCCCGCGAAGGUAGUGCAAAGGCCAAGAACAAGAAGAAGAAGAAUAAAACCAACGCAACCGAGCAAGGUUCGUCCUCCAUCGUGGCGCCUGGUGGCACUGCGGCACAGGUUAACGGAGAGCAACCGGUCGAUCAGGUCGACGCUGGCCAGGAGGAAGGUGGAGACGGAGCAGCUGCAGAAGCCGACGGUGGGGAAGGAGUUUCCGGCAGCGGGUUCGGGUCGACACCGGACGGGGCGGAAAUGUUGAUGGGCAUGCGGGAGGUGUUAAAGCGCAUCAACAUUAGCGCGCUGUCGAACCUAAAGCCUGCCAAAACGCCCGAAGAGGCGCUGCACAAAUCGUACAAGUUCUGGUCCACCCAACCGGUGCCGCGCAUGGACGAGAAGAUCCUGGCGAACGAAGCGAUCGAGGAAGACAAACCGCUGAGCGAGAUCCGGCAGGAACCGUACGCACUGCCGGACGGCUUCACCUGGGACACGAUGAACCUGAACGAUCCGCUGCAGCUGAAGGAGCUGUACACGCUGCUGAACGAAAACUAUGUCGAGGACGAUGACGCCAUGUUCCGGUUCGACUAUCAGCCGGAAUUUCUGCAGUGGGCCCUGCAACCGCCCGGCUGGAAGCGGGACUGGCACUGCGGUGUGCGCGUGGUGAAGUCGGGCCGGUUAGUCGGGUUCAUUUCCGCCAUUCCCGGCACGCUGAACGUGCACCGGAAGAAGCAGCGCAUGGUGGAGAUCAACUUUCUGUGCGUGCACAAAAAGCUUCGCUCGAAACGGUUAGCGCCGGUGCUGAUCCGGGAGAUAACGAGACGCGUCAAUCUGACCGGCAUCUUCCAGGCGGUGUAUACGGCGGGCGUGGUGCUUCCGAAGCCGGUAUCCUCCUGUCGCUACUGGCACCGUUCCCUCAACCCGAAGAAGCUUAUUGAUGUGAAAUUCUCCUACCUGUCCCGCAACAUGACGAUGCAGCGGACGAUCAAGCUGUACAAGCUACCGGACCAGCCGAAAACGCCCGGCUUCCGGAAGCUGACCGAGGCCGAUCUGAGUGCGGUACACAAGCUGCUGGAAUCGUACCUGCAGCGCUUCAACCUGACGCCGGCAUUUGACGAAGCGGAGAUGCGCCACUGGUUCCUGCCGCAGAACGGCAUCAUCGAUUGCUUUGUGGUGGAGGAUCCGGCCCACCCGGGUACGAUCACGGACAUGGUCAGCUACUACACGCUGCCCUCGACCGUGAUGCACCAUGCGGUGCACAAGUACGUGAAGGCCGCGUACAGCUUCUACAACGUCUCGACCCGCACGCCCUGGCUCGAUCUCAUGAACGACGCGCUAAUAUCGGCCAAAAAUCUUGGCUUCGACGUGUUCAACGCGCUCGAUCUGAUGGACAACCAGAAGUUCCUGACGGCGCUCAAGUUCGGCAUCGGCGACGGCAAUCUGCAGUACUACCUGUACAACUGGCGCUGUCCGUACAUGCAGCCGGAAGACGUCGGCUUGAUACUGCUGUAAAACGAACGCGGACGACAGGGGGUGGAGGAUGGAUGGGGACAGCAUAGCUUUCGUUUUUCGUUUUCACCGGCCGAACGAAGGGACUGGGUGCAGUGGAACCAAAGCUCUCAUUCAGGGUGGGACGGGGCAGACAUUGGUCUAUUUGGUGGGAAGUCCACCAUGGUUCUAUGAGGUCAUUUGACUAGCAAAAUCAGGGAAUAUCAGGUGGUUGCUCUACUCUAGCUCCCGAUCUUACAUUUACAGACACCUGUUUUUUUUUUUCUCUAGUUCCCUUUUCCGGAACCCAAAUUAACGAGCAGCGCUGGGACGUGUCCACAGAAGAGCGUUUACCGGCACGCAUUACCAAAUCGGUUGGUGGCGGCCUGGGAAUGGAAUCAUAGUAGGCGGUAGAAUUUGUUUACCUAGUUUUAUCUUACUUUCUCCGUGUGUUGCCUUAGCAACGGCUUGCAGUACGGGUGUUCUGCAAUGUUCCUGCAAUGGCCGGCUUUUCAAUCGAACAAGAGCGCACGUGUACAUUUGAAGUAUUGGCAGGGGCUUGGGAGUGUAAUGCAUGUUUUCGUUAUUCCACGAAUUAUCCAGUCAAUAAAGUGAACGGUAAAGCUAA